CUAAACUCCCCUCUCGUUGCUGUUCUUCUUUGCUCCCGACAACUACUUCCGCAGUGCUCUUGUCUAACUCCGAGACCUAAAUCUCAAGCAUUGCGCUAUAGAAACGAGAAAGAGUUAGCACUGAUAAGUCAUCGUCUACCAUAUCAUUCGUUGCAGACUUAGUUCCAGCAAGGCCACCCUGUGCCAAGUCCUAGGCGACAGCUUCGGGGCGAGGCAGACACAUACCCGUACCAUACUUAUCUAUCUAGUAUCUAGAUCAACCUUGUCAAUUAGCUCUUUCUGCAGAUUACCAUGCAUGGACUAGUUGACAUGAACCACUACUGUAGGAGACGGUCCGAUGCGAGUGUGUGGAGACCGAGGAAUAGUACUUCUUGCCUCUCGCAGUAUAGGAUCUUUGGAGACUCACAAACUGCUAGUUUAAAGAUACUCUUUAUUUACCUCUCAUUUCCCAGAAUUGAUUUGUAGUCUAUUAUAUAAGUGACUCAAAAUGGACGAAUAUUUAUUUUCCGAGCAUCUGGCUAGAUUGACGGCUAUCCCAGAGCCGAUGAGUUACCUUGAGAUACUCAACUAUUCAGAUAAUAAAUUCUGUUCAGUAGGGACAGGCGCUUUGAGCAACGAUCAGUUCGAGGACUUUCUUGACCGAAAGGGUUCUUACUCUUCAGAAAACGAGAAUCUGGUAAACGGUAUUAGGCUUAUUGUUCAGUCUGACCUUUCAGAGCCGGAGACGUUCGCAUCAAAUGUAGUGUCUCUCGAGGUGGAACAGUAUGAAUCUCUCAUACAUAAAAUGAAAUUACCAUUCCAAGGUCUCGAAGCAUCCACUGCAGUUGGUCCCUUCUUUUGGUGGUGCUUGGACUUGGAUUCAGCAGACCCGAAGCUACAGCUGAUAUUUCGCAAGGCGGACGCAAAAGGGAAAGGUACCACUAAAGGCUGGGAGAUGAUGUUGACUUACUGCUUUAAAAGCAAGAUCACGUCCGGUUAUGUUAAAAGUACUAGCACAACGGAUAUUGAUCGACAAAUUCAACACCUGACUGCCUGCUCCAGGCCAGUGGCACAUCCGCUGCUUCUCCCUAUUCUUCUCUUCCACAGUCUUUCUGCAAAGAAUGACGAAGAUCAACGAGACGUUCGGGUCAUGAUACGUGAGCUUGAGGGCGCAUUAAGCCAGCGGUAUCAGCAAUAUGCCGCUAUCAGCUACGGUCCUGGGCGAGAAAUCAAUCUCGAUUCCUUGAAUCACCAAUUAACGGAGUGUCAGUGCAGAGUCCUGCAGAAGAAGCCUCAGGCUUGGCGCAAUGCGCUUCGGAGAAUGGAAAAGGCGAUGCACGCUUUUUGGGGAACUCUACACGCCCAUAGCAUAGAAGACGAGCCCAAUCCCCAGCUCCAGAUUCUUCAUCGGAGUCUGCUAAGUCGUUUAGACUUCCUAGCUGGCAAGCUUGACGGCCUUGAAAACUACAGUCACGUAUCCUUGGAAAGACUAAAGACUCAACGAGAAGUAAUGCUCAGUAUCCUUGAUCAGAGAGAGUCGCGACUUAGCCUCAGAAUAGCUGCCCAGCAGCAUCGCCUAGCUGAUGCCAGCAAGCGAGAUAGCACCUCUAUGAAGACGCUGACCUUCCUAGGCUCCCUAUUUCUACCCGGAACCUUCAUCUCGUCUGUAUUCAGCAUGUCCUUCUUUGAUUUCAGCAGGGACCUGAAUGAAUCAACAUCUAGCAGCGUUUGGCUCUACUUCGUGCUCGUGAUUCCGUUGACGAUGUUCUUCGUCGGCCUUUGGUGGCGAUUCGACCAGGCUAGGUGCAAGAAGAUCGACGAGGAGGAAGAGCCUGGAGAAGAAGUGAACAUGCAGGCCCUAGAGCAUCAUAUAAUUAAAGAGCUCCAAAAGAGGACAGGAGCCCGACUUUCAUGGAACACCAGUCGUUCUUGGCCAGAUGAGAAGCAACAUACCUGACUAUGCUCGAUGAUGAUUUCCAGCAGGUCAAUACAUCACAUAGCAUGUUACAUGUAGAAUAUACGUAAAAGCAGAAGAAUACUAC